AUUAAAAUGACAAUGACAAUCACGACUUUCAAAUGACAUAUCGAAGAAAAUAAUUAGUAAAAAUAUAAUGUAUUUAAAAAUGCUUAUCCGUGUUUCUUUUGUUCACAUUUGAUAGAAAGUGCGCAAUUACAUCAUCCAAAAUGAGAACUCGAAGUAAUUCAGGCGUCCGUUUAGAUUACUACCAGAGAGUUGUACAUAAGUUAAUUUUAGACCAUCAGCAACCGGUUACGGGUUUGUUUCCAGCCAGCCCUCAUAAUGACCAUGCGUGGAUCAGAGACAACCUUUAUUGCAUAUUGGCAGUUUGGGGACUGUCCAUGGCAUUCAAAAAGAUUGCCGACCAGGAUGAAGAUCGUGCUAAAACAUAUGAGCUAGAACAAAGCUGCGUAAAACUGAUGAGAGGUCUCCUUAUGGCUAUGAUGCAGCAAAAAGACAAGGUAGAGAAAUUUAAAAGCACUCAGCACCCUCAUGAUUCUCUUCAUGCAAAGUACUCCUCUAUAACUGGAGGAACUGUUGUUAAGGACAAUGAAUGGGGACAUUUGCAGAUUGAUGCUAUUUCAUUAUAUCUCCUCAUUUUAGCUCAAAUGACUGCAUCUGGUUUGCAAAUAGUAUUUUCUCUAGAUGAAGUUGCAUUCAUCCAGAAUUUAGUUUUUUAUAUUGAAUCCGCCUAUUGCACUCCUGAUUAUGGAAUUUGGGAAAGAGGAGAUAAAACAAAUCAUGGGCUACCUGAACUCAACGCUAGUUCAAUUGGUAUGGCCAAAGCAGCUUUAGAAGCUAUGAAUGAGCUGGACCUUUUUGGUGCUCGUGGAGGACCUUCAAGUGUCAUACAUGUCUUGGCAGAUGAGGCUCAAAAAUGUCAAGCUGUCUUGCAGUCAAUGUUGCCUAGAGAAUCUAACAGCAAAGAAUUGGACUCUGGUUUGCUGUCAAUCAUAAGCUAUCCAGCGUUUGCUGUUGAUGAUCCACAGCUUAUAGCUAAAACUAGAGACAUAAUUGUUUCAAAGCUUCAGGGAAAAUAUGGUUGUAAGAGAUUUUUAAGAGAUGGUCACAAAACACCAAGAGAAGACCCCAGUAGACUUUAUUAUGAACCUUGGGAAUUAAGAAUGUUUGAAAAUAUAGAAUGUGAAUGGCCAUUAUUUUUUUGUUACCUUAUACUAGAUUACUGCUUUCGAGGUGAUAAGAACAAUGUUACUGAAUACAUGCAAAAACUAGAGAAAAUAAUGAUAAGAAAAGAUGAUGGCAUAAAAUUGGUGCCUGAAUUGUAUUCGGUACCAGGAGACAAAGCACAUUUGGAACAACUAGAACCAGGCAGUCAAGAAAGAAUACCACUGGGAAGAUGUCCAUUUAUAUGGGCUCAGUCACUAUAUAUACUAGGAAAACUAUUGCAAGAGGGAUUUUUGGCAGUUGGAGAACUAGAUCCUUUAAAUAGAAGACUUUGUUCAGAAAAGAAACCAGAUGUUGUGGUCCAGAUUGUGAUAUUAGCUGAAGAUAAUGAAAUCAGGGAUAAACUUCUUGAACAUGACUUGCAUGUACAAACAAUUAGUGAGGUAGCUCCCAUUGAAGUACAACCAGCCAGAGUUCUCAGCCAUUUAUAUACAUAUUUAGGUCGUAAUAAGAAACUCGGAUUAUCUGGAAGAAAGUCACGGGAUGUUGGCAUUCUUAGCACAAGCAAAUUGUAUUCACUACAUGAGCGUAUAUUUGCUUUUACGCCUCAAAAUUUUGACUACGAAGAGUACUACAUGACGCGUGACCCAGCGUUGCUUGCGAGCACGUUUACAGCAAACGUCGCAUUUCUUGGUAUGAGCUGGAAACAAAUGCUUGGAAGACCGACCAUCACUUUACUUGCUACACAGUACCUGUUAGAUCAAGGUAGAAUUCCGAUGGCAAUGAUAACAACAAUGAAAAAAUUAAAAUCCGGUUACAUUAAUGGUACUAGAGUGACUCUUGGAAACCUCGGCGAUUUCUUGAGUACAUCAGCCAUUACUAAUUUAAGCUUCUUGGGAAGUCAAGAGGAUGGGUAUCCAGAUAAGCUGAACCCGCAAGUGCAGAGCUACCUGGAGGAGCACCUGUUGCGCUCGUUCAGCAGCCGCCUGAGCGUGCUGGCGCGCCCGCCCGCCGUGCGCCUCGCGCGCGCGCUGCGGCGCCGCAUGUCCGUGCGCGGCGCCAUCAAGAAGACGCGCUCCAUCAACGUCGACUCCGAAACUCUAGGAAUGGAAGGAGAAUACGUCGGUUCGCACUUGCUUGAAAGGAAACAAUCUUGUCUAGAGGUAGACCCAGGACGUAGUCCGUCACCUGAAGAAGCAAAGAAACGCGCUUUUACCAAGGGUACGUCGACUACAAGUUUGGGAAUAACGACACCUACAAUUGAGACAAACAAAGAAUCACCACCACCCCCUCCGAAAGAAGAAGCUACAGUGAAAAACGUACUACGAAAUCGAACGAUAUCAGAAUCUCAGAACAUAUAUGCUGAACAAGAAACGGAUGAACUGAUAGCGAUGCUGCGAGAGACGGAGAGCCUCGACGAGCAAGGGGACAUCCUGCAGUACUUGGUUGACACACAUGGACUGGAAUUUAAUACUGGUAUGCAGGAGAACGGUAAAUAUGUGACUGUUAAAGACCUACUUAAGGUGCUCUACGAGAAAGCAUGCAGUCAGAAGUUGUGGGGCCUCGUGAGACACACGGCUGGCAUGCUCGGGAAGAGAGUUGAAGACCUAGCCAAGGCCGUGACCGACUUGCUCGUGAGGCAGAAACAGAUCACCGUCGGCAUGCCGCCGAACAACGAACAUACGAUCAUAGCUCCUCUACCGGAGAAUGAACUAAGACACCUUAUACACGUGGCAUAUGGUGAUGAUGAAAGUACAGCCAUGUUAACCCAAGAGCUGUUAGUGUACCUCGCUAUGUUCAUACGAACUGAACCCCAGCUGUUCCUGGAGAUGUUGCGUCUGAGGGUUGGACUCAUAAUACAAGUAAUGGCAACGGAACUCUCACGUACGCUAUCCUGUGACGGAGAGGAAGCUUCAGAAUAUUUACUCAAUUUAUCGCCUUUCGAAAUGAAGAAUCUCCUACACCACAUACUUAGCGGCAAAGAAUUUGCUAUCAAUAGCGCCAACUCAAUUAUUGAUAUUAAGGAAAAGUUCGCUAAAGAUAAAGUUGGCCGAGGCAAUUUUUCGAUUGUGAGCAACAAAUCAAAUCGCUACACAAAGAAAUCUCAAAUUCUAUUGGAAGGUCAAGGACUCCAGGGUACCAUAGACGAAGCACCAAUAACUGAACCAGACCGGCAAGGACAAUGGUUGAGACGCAGACGUCUCGACGGGGCAUUAAAUCGCGUUCCGAGAGAUUUCUAUCAGCGAGUGUGGGCAGUUUUAGAAAAGUGUCAAGGUCUAGUGAUACAAGGCAAGGUACUACAGCCAAAUUUAACCCAAGAAAUGACGUCGGGCGAGCUAAAGUUCGCCCUAGCAGUGGAAACCGUACUGAAUUCGAUCCCACAACCGGAGUACCGUCAGCUGGUCGUGGAGGCCCUAAUGGUGCUGACAUUGGUCGUAGAGUACAAGGCCGUCAACCAUCUCGGAGGGACAAUCACGGUUGAACAUUUGGUUCACAAAGCUAAUCAAAUAUUUCUAGAGGACCAGACGCGCUGCGCCGGCGACGCCACGCUGUGCUGCGCCAAGGACGGCGCGGACGGCGCGGAGGGCGCGGGAGACGCGGGCGCGGCAGGCAGCGCGCUGGUGUGCGGCGGCGCGGCGGGCGUGUGCCAGCUGCUGUACGACAGCGCGCCCAGCGGCCGCUUCGGUACCAUGACGUACCUGGCGCGCGCCGUGGCCGCGCUGCUGGCCGAGCGCCUGCCCGCGCACGAGCCCGUGGAGUGCGCCAUCACAUAGGAGCCGCCGGCCCCGCUCCCCCACGCUCUACACUACUUCCGACCGAACCUUUUCGCAUUUAAGGUCAUCGGAGAACUUUCGCCCGACCAGAUUCAUAAAUCAUAAAUUUUUCUAAAUACCUUAUGUCAAGUCUAUUCCGACAGCAGGAGGAGUAAAGAUAAUGAAACAACUUCAACAUUGAAUUGACCUGAUAUUAUCGGUAUCUUGAAUAAUCUACGGUUUUCAUUAUGGAUUCGUGAAAAAUGGCGUUUUGUUUCUCGGCGAAGUUGGAAUCAAAUUUAUAGAGAGAUAUAAGUAGUUAAGUGGAAUAGUGUUGUAUUAUAAAUAAAUAUAUAUUAAUCAAGAAAUGUUUGUAUUACAUAAUAUAGCAUAGCGAUUUGCAAAUCGCUUGGGAUAUUAAAAUGUAAAGUUUAUUAAGCUGAGAUGGCCAGUGGUGUAGAACGCGUGAAUCUUAACCGAUGAUGGUGGGAUCAAACCCCGGCAACCACCACUGAAUUUUCAUGUGCUUAAUUUGUGAUUAUAAGGUGAGGAAACCUGCAUGUGUCUAAUUUCACUGAAAUUCUGCCACGUGUGUAUUCCAUGAAACCGCAUUAGAACAUUGUGGCGGAAUAAGCUCUAAACCCUCUUCUCAAAAAGGGAGAAAACACCUUAGCCCAGCAGUGGGACAUUCACAGGCUGUUACGGUUAUGGUUACUUACUAAAGUUUAUUUAUCUUUACUCCUUCUUCGAGUGGAAUAGGUAAUAGUAAUAUUUGUUUCAUAUACUACAAUGAAUCGAUUGUCAACUUACAUUACAAACAAACAACUAUAAUUGAAGUGACGCAUUUACACGUGUAAAAGUGUAUGCGUCAAAACAAGUGUCGUCACUAUAUUAUGCAGCCACAUAUUUAUUAAUAAUCUAUCUAUUUUCGUUUUUACAGCAAGACAAAACUACGAAAAUUAAGCUUUGUAAACCGAUAUAUGAAUUUAAAGUACACUACACACAGUAUUAAAAAUCAAUAGUAAUCAAUUUAACAAAAAGAGAUCCAGCUAUUUAAUAAAAACAUACAAUGAAAUUAUUAUCAAGGAACUCGCUGCAAAUAAUAUUGUAUUUUGUAAUCUAUAUUUAAUAAUUGAAAUAAAGAAAUGUACUUUAGCUAAAUAUGCACCGGUGACACCAAAAUCUAAUCGUGGUUAUCCACCUAUAGUUCAUAAGUAACCUUGCCCAAAAAGUAAUUAUCUACUUCCAUAAUGACAAAGAACUUAAUAUUUGCUAAUAAAAUAUUAAUACAUUUAAAUAAAGAUUCUUAACUUGACACAUUUAUAUAGACAAUUUCAAAUAAAAUGUUAAAAAUAUUGUG